AUGAACCCGGAUACAAGAGAGAGAACCGAACCAGUAUUAACAAGUGAUUUGCCAAACGAUCAUUCUACUGUAUCCGUUAACUGCCGUAUUGCUCCAAUUAAAGAACCUACAAAUCAAAAUAACAACAAUAAUAACGAAAUUGAAGCAUUCAGAACUAAAUCGAAGAAAACAUUCAAAAAUGCUUUACCACAGAUAUUGGCUGUAUCAGCUAAGAACUGUUUGCUCUUAACAUAUGGAAUGACGUUAGGACUACCAACAAUAGCUAUUCCAGCAUUGUAUUCUAAUUCAGUAUCAAAUAUCACUAGUGUAAGACAUGACGAUUUGCUCCAAUUGAACAAAGAACAAAUAUCGUGGUUCAGCAGCAUAAAUUUAAUAUGUGUUCCACUCGGAUGUAUGAUAUCUGGAACUAUCACUCAACCCUUUGGACGAAAACCCAGCAUGAUUGCGCUUACUUUGCCAUUCAUUCUGGCUUGGUUGUUAUUUCACUAUGCAUCGACAGUAACUCAGCUCUACUUAGCUUUAGCGCUGUGUGGACUUUGUGGUGGUUUGCUAGAAGCUCCAGUGUUGACCUACGUUGCUGAAAUUACAGAACCUCAUAUCCGAGGUGUGCUUGCUGCUCUGUCAUCGACUACAGUCAUACUUGGAUCUAUAUCACAAUUUAUCUUAGGAAACUUUUUUCACUGGAGAAAAGUUGUACUCUUCAAUACUAUUGUACCCGUAGUGGCAUUUAUUUCAUUAUUAUUUAUACCAGAAAGUCCACAUUGGCUUAUAACCAAAGGUCGUAUCGCCGAAGCUGAAAAGUCUCUAUGUUGGCUUCGUGGUUGGGUUCAACCAGAUGCAGUACAAUAUGAACUAUCAAUGUUAAGUAAAUCAAUAGCAUUAAAUGAAGAGAAAGUAAGAAUGAAAAAAAACAAAAAAUUUUAUUCAUUUUAUAUGAGACGAACAUUUUUACUACCUUACUUCAUCAUAACAGCUAGUUUCUUUUUUGGAAGCUUUGGUGGAACGAGUACAUUGCAAGUCUAUGCAGUUCAGAUUUUUGAAACGUUGGGGUCUCCGAUCAACGGUUAUACAUCCACAUUAGUUCUCGGAAUUUUACAAUUGAUGGGAGGCAUUCUUGGUGUAUCAUUAAUUCACUGGACUGGUAAACGUCCUUUAGCAAUUGUUUCUACGCUGGGAUCAUCUUUUUGUUUUUUCGUUGUGUCAGCAUACGUAUUCAUAAAACAAUACAAUGAGGAAAUAAUUCUUAACGUUACUUGGAUACCGUUAGUGUUUUUGAAUACCGCUGCUUUUAUGACACAUAUUUCUAUUAGACUAUUACCAUGGAUGUUAAUCGGAGAGGUAUAUCCACCGAAUAUUCGUGGGCAAGCCAGUGGUGCCAGCGGUUCUAGUUCCUACAUAUUUUCUUUUAUUGCGAAUAAGUCAUAUUUCAUGGUACUUGAUUGUAUUAACUUAUCCGGAACAUUUCUUUUAUACGCCAUAGUAAGUCUCAUUGGAUGUCUAAUGUUGUACACCAUGAUGCCAGAAACAGAAGGUGUACCUUUAGAAGACAUUCAAAAUCAUUUUGCGGAUAAAACUAAAACAUUUGUUAUGAAAAUUGAAAGGAGUGAUAAAAUUAAAGAAAAACAAAUGUGGUCAGCAACAAAUCCUGCUUUAGAACUAGAUCAUACUGAAACCCAUAUAUAA